AUAUAUAUAAUUUUUUCCCCUUUCUUUUCAUCCCGGUGACUUCUCUCUCAUAGUCUAUGGUAGACUUUGCAUGGACGACAAUCAAAUGCUUUCACUGGAUCCAGGGCCGCUUUAUUGCCAUAAAGCUUUUGAUUGCGUCUAUGAAUCCUCUUAUCAUUUUUUGUCCGACGAAUGGAAUUUGCUUUGCACCGGCGUCAUUCCCGAGGCGGAGUUGGCCCCGUACGAAUUUUGAUACUCAAACUAUGAUUCUAGAUCUGCAUGACUGGUACAUUGACGGUGUCAGAUCACCAAGAAUGUAGCCUAGUUCGUCGUGUAUGGGUUAGAUAUCGAG